CCACCGAAUAAGAAUUAUUUUGACCACACAGCAUCCGCGUAGAUGACAGAAACCUUGUAGACGGGUCGUGGCCAAUAAAUGCUUUUUGAAGGCGACAUGACAUGCGCAUUAUACACUGUUGAUGACAUUGUUAGCUGGUUCGACCGAACUUUGAAACUGCCAACUGGAUUGCUAAAAUAUUGUCACCUUCGUUAGACACGACAAUGCUACAGUUCCUGGCUGGGUUUACUUUGGGAAACGUUGUUGGGAUGUACCUCGCUCAAAACUACGAGGUCCCCAACAUAUCAAAAAAGAUAGAAGCCUUCAAGAAGGAUGUGGCGGCAAAGAAGAAACCUCCAGCAGAUUAAAGAUGGUUUCCUUCGAACCAUGUUGAUCAGAGGCAGAUUGAAGAGAUGGGGACUAUUGGAACAACAAAAUGCACACCGCAAAGGACAUAUCUUUUUUCAUCUAAGGUUACACGGGCAGAGGAAUAAAUUGUAAAAAUGAUUCUCUAAUCAGGGUUUUUACAGUGCCUGGACUGGUACAGUGUUAUUUUUUUUUUGUAUUCUUAAAGUGCUUAGCUACAUUUUUAAGAUAAUAUUAUGAGGGUUCUAUUUAUGAGUGGAUAUGCGAAGAUGAUUCAUUGCUGUGGGAUCUAAUAAACUUCAGAAACCCUGGCCUUAUUCUUGCAAGCAGCUGGGCAGGGCAGGCCUUUAGGUGGGGCACUGGCAAUUGCAUUUAUAUCAAGUCUAAACAUGGCAUUUUUACAAUAUACGCUUGUCCUUUUUGCCAACUAAACUAUGCAGUUACUGCUUUUGAGUGAUGUUAUCUAGAAUUAAAGUGGGAGACCUAUUCUAUGGAUUCUA